AGACAGAUAUUCAGUACUUUACCCUGAACUUACCUGGGAUGUUGCUGAGUUAGCGGGCUAACAAUAUACAGUUAAUUAAUGCUAACUAACCUGCCCUGGUAGAGUCUCAUAACACUAAUGUUGGCAACCUAAACUUGCAGGUCUGGCAGCUUUUGUUAGGUCACUAAGCUAAGUUGAGUUGGCCGGUAUCACUGUAUAGUAACACGUUUCGUGAAGUAAACGGUAACAACUAAUGCUUAUGCUAACGGACAGCUAAAGCUAGCCGAUUAGCAUCGUGGGCAGUCACCGGGGCCGUCAACAGGUGUCUCCGCUUGGUAGCAAAGUCCGCAGGUGAACGAGAUUCGGCUCAGCAGGGUUUUACCAACGAGCAGGCGAAUGAGUCCAGGAGUCAGAAAACCGAUGGAUUCAUCCAAAGCAAACUCGCUGUUCCUCAGACGCACCUCCGCAGUUUCUCUCCAUGAGCGCUUCUCUCAGGUUCUGGUUGAUCAGCUGACCCGGUCCAGGACCGUGACCUUUGACCCCGUCCUGCCACAGCAGAGGGGGGUGUCCGGCCCCGAGCCAGUGGUCCUGCUGGUGAAGAAGAAGCCAUCGUCACAGCUCGCUCUGCAGACUCCUGACGUCUCGCAGACGGUGAAGCAGCGUGUGAGGAGGACGAGCGUCUGGGCUCGACUCGGCUGGCAGCGUGUGACUCGUCGCCUCUCUGCCCCCAGACCUGCCCCCAGACCUGCACCCAGACCUCGAGGCUUCUGGAGCUUCACGGACAAAUACAGAGGGGGAGCCGGGUUUACCUCCACCUACAGGCGACGAGGUAACCUGCGGAGUCGACUCGGUCAGCGUCGCUUCCUGAGGAGGACAAACAUCCAAAAACUGACUGCAGUCUUCCAGUGGGGCCCACAUCACCUGACCUGUUGUCUAAGCUGUGUGGACCACCUGUCUGCUGUCGCCCCCCCCUUCAGUUCCAGAUCUGAUGGACAGCCAAUCCCAGGAGGAGUACCGGGGUCAGCCGACCAAUCCUCGCGGCCUGAGGGAGGUCACACACAGGUCAGGAGAACAAUCAAACCACAAAUCACUGUGGGACGUGGACAGACGUAUAAAGACAGAGUCACACGAUGGCUGCCGACUGUGUUUCAGGAUUCCUUCUUGUCUUCACUUCUUUUCUCUGCAAACUCAAAAACCUCCCCAACCAAAUAUUUUCACUUUGUUAACAGAGUUGUGGUGGAGUCGUUAAUGUGUCAGUAAUAAUAAUCCAACAGCAUCUUAUCUUAUUCUGUGUGUUUCACUCCUGUCCAAAGACUGCAUCAAGAUGAGAGUGCAGAGGAGGGAAAACACGUCAGAGCCGAUCUGAUCUGAUCUGAUCUGAUCUGAUCUGAUCUGAUCUGAUCUGAUCUGCGGCUACAAAACUCAGAUGCAGAUUAUAUGAAAGUUUGGUCUUUUUAUAUGACUAUUAGGUGUUUUUUUUAAUGUUUGAAAUGUGUGAAUAAAAAAGGUAACGCUUUAUUUUACAGGUUCGUUAUUUCCUUAAUACUUCCUGGAAAGAAGAACCGCGUAGUUUGGUUCUCAUUACAGGAAAAACAGAGACAAAGUUCUGAGACUGUUAUUUUGUUUUGUUUUAUUAGUUUUAGUUUGAGUUUAUUUUUGACUUCCAUAUGAAUUUCCAUGAAAGAAAUUGCUCCACUUAAGCCCCAGUAAAUAUUUAUUACUAAUUGUUUUAUUAUUGGAAACUUUAUUUUCCAUUUAUGCUGACAUUUAUGUUUGUUUGUUUGUUUGUUUGUGGACACAUUUUCUCAGUUUGCAUGUGCAGCUCUGAAGGCAAGGCCUUAGGAAAUGUCGUCUACCAACUGACCGUUCUCUGUUCUACCUGUAGUUAGAGCCAACAUGUGUGGUUCUCUCCAGGAAAUGUCCUGGGAGAUUAUUUGAAAAUAAACUGGAAUUUACAAACAAGUCUUUUAGAGGAAUCUCUUCAACCACCAACUGUUGCAUCUGAUAUGUAGUAUGUAUGAGAAUGUGAAUGUUGUUUUAAUAUGAAAGCAUGUGUCCUAGGACGACGCACCUGACCACUGGGGGGAAACGU